CAGCUGGACCGAGACUGGGGAGGCAACCGGACUCUCCAAAGCCGCUACCUGCUCCACCGCACCGCUCCCAUUUAUGUUUUACAGUUUAGUUUUUUCUUCACCUUUUUAUUUUCAGUUUUUGAUGCUUAAAACAUAUUAUUUCAGAUGAAGUAUUUGGGAUCUGUUGGAGAUGCUCCUAUGUCCCAUGUACGAGAUAAAGCUCUUUUUGAGAGAAAUAUAAGAAAGAGCUGGAGCUGAAUUUUGAGACACAAGCAACUUGCCAACUUGGAAUAGAAUUAGUAAAAGUGAUCCAAAAAUAACCACGAAUACCUGUGAAUAUUGAUAAUACAAGAUUACCUUUUUUGUAUGCACAAUAUUAAAAUACGCGAUGAACCUUUUUAAAAGCACAACAGCAAAAAUAUUGUCCUUUUUUUCUCUUUGUUGUUUUGUAUCCUUUUUAUUAUAUGUGAUUGUCCCAUUUAUGUUUUAGUUUAGUUUUUCUUCUCAUUUUUAUUUUCAUUUCCCAUGCCUACAACACCUUAUUUGGGAUGAAAUGUUGGGGAGGUGUUGUAUCCCAUGUAUGAGAUGGAGCUUUUUUUUGAGAGAUAAUACGAGAAAGCAACAUGGAAUCAAAGUAGCAAAGGUGAUCCAAAAAUAACCAGCGGACGGCAACCCGGUUUAGCCGGCAACGACAACCUGAAAAUAGCAAAUGAGCAUGCAUGCCAUGAGCAUAGCGAAUAAUUAAACCGAACACCUGUCCCCCCUGAACAGAUGUGUAUAUAAGGUUGGGCUCGGAAGCUCCUGGCCUGAAAAGGAUCAAGGAUCGAGGAGGAUUCCACAGCCAAAAUGGCGUUCAGGAACGUUGCGAUGAGAGUCUUGUUGCUCCUGGCGGUGGUGAGCGCGACAUAUGCCGCCAAAGGCAAGGCGGAGAAGGAGAGCGCUGAUGGUCCGGCGGCGUCCGGUCCGGGCGGGGAGUACGACAUCGCCAAGCUCGGCGCCAAGCCCGACGGCACAACGGACUGCACCGAGGCGUUGGAGGAGGCAUGGGCUUCGGCAUGCGGUAGCACCGGGAACCCGACCAUCAUCAUCCCCGAGGGUGAUUUCCUGACUGGAGCUCUGAAUUUCACGGGGCCGUGCAAGGGCGACGGACUCACCAUCAAGCUGGAAGGCAACCUGCUAGCUUCCAACGACCUGGCCAAGUUCAAGUCUAACUGGAUCGAGAUCAUGCGCGUGAAGAAGCUCUCCAUCACCGGCAAAGGCAACAUCGACGGUCAGGGCAAGGCCGUCUGGACCAAAAACAGCUGCCAAAAGAACUACAACUGCAAGAUAUUGCCAAACGUACGUACGCGUGCAUAACAUUAUAUAGUAAUAAAUUAUAUAUCCGUGCGUAUA